AUGGGGAUUCUCUCGCACUGCAUUCUUGGCUUUUCUCUGUUGAUUUUAGCCUGCGCCGUAUUUUAUCUGAGCAAGAACGAAGUUCCGACAUCGUACGAGAAUAUUUCUAGUAGUAGCUGCAACUUAUUUGAAGGUGGGUGGGUUUUUGACAAUAUAUCACUCCCUUUCUACGAGGAGCAAUGUUCGUUUAUGUUGGGUGAGUUUGCGUGUGAGACCUUUGGUAGAAAAGAUUUGAAAUAUCAAAAUUGGAGAUGGCAACCUCAUCAAUGUGAUCUUCCAAGGUUCAAUGGAACGGCGUUUCUUGAGAAAAUAAGGGGCAAAAAGCUCGUGUUUGUAGGCGACUCAUUGAAUCGGAAUCAAUGGACGUCCAUGCUUUGCUUGAUCGAGUCCUCGCUUGGCCCAUUGUCACCAACAACAGUUGUCCGUAACGAGAAUAUGCGCUCUUUCCACUCUAUUGAAUAUAAUGCGACGAUCGGGUUAUACUGGUCUCCCUUCAUGGUUGAGUCUAAUUGUGAUGACCCACUUAUUCAUCGUGUUAAAACUCGAGUUAUUAGGCUUAUGGGCAUAGACAAGCACGCAAGGCAUUGGAACGAUGCGGAUAUACUUGUAUUUAAUUCCUAUUUGUGGUGGGCGGAUCCUAUGACAAUCGUAUGGGGAACAUCAUUUGCGAGCUCUGAUGCCAUAAAUAAGACAGUGGAUGGCAUGAGCACUCGGCUCUACGAGAUGGUCCUCGAUAUAUGGUCGGAUUGGCUAGAAAUCAACAUAAAUCGAACAAAAACAAAGAUGUUUUUCAUGAGCCCUUCACCUUUUCAUCUAUACGGUAAAAAAUGGGAUGAACUACGCAACUGUUACAAAGAAACAGAGCCAAUUUUAGAUGAGGGAUCAAUUGGUCUUUCAAUUCUUGGUUUCAAAAUGAGAGUCGCAGAAUUAGCCUUGGAGAAGCUGAGGACUCGAGGCAUAAACAUUGAAUAUUUGAAUAUAACACAUUUGUCAGAGUUUAGAGGGGAUGCUCAUCCCUCAAUUCACAAGUAUUUUUUUCAUACAAUAAGUGAGGAGGAAUUAGCAAAUCCAACAAGCUACUCAGAUUGCAGUCAUUGGUGUCUUCCUGGAGUCCCAGAUGUUUGGAAUCAAAUUCUUUAUUCUUAUAUUAUGAAUAUUUGA